AUGGAGGGACAGAACGGCAGCAGCAGCAUCUGCUCCCGGCCGCACGGCACCGUGACGGCCGGCCAGAAGAAGAAGAAGAAGGAGGAGGAGAAGAGCGAGAAGGAGAAAAUCCCCGACAGAGUGACUCUGAAGAAGGAGAUCGGGCUGCUGAGCGCGUGCACCAUCAUCAUAGGGAACAUCAUCGGCUCAGGGAUCUUCAUCUCUCCAAAGGGGGUCCUGGAGCACUCGGGCUCGGUGGGCUUGGCGUUGGUGGUGUGGGUUCUGGGGGGCUGCAUCGCCGCCUUGGGCUCCCUCUGCUACGCCGAGCUGGGCGUCACCAUCCCCAAAUCUGGAGGAGACUACUCCUACGUCACAGAGAUCUUCGGCGGUCUGAUGGGGUUCCUCCUGUUGUGGAGCGCCGUCCUCAUCAUGUACCCGACCACGCUGGCCGUCAUCGCCCUAACCUUCUCCAGCUACGUCCUGCAGCCCGUCUUCCCCAACUGCGUUCCCCCGUACAUGGCGACUCGAAUGCUGUCCGCCACCUGUCUCCUGCUGCUGACCUGGGUGAACUGCUCCAGCGUCCGCAUGGCGACCAGGAUCCAGGACGUGUUCACGGUGGGGAAGCUGAUGGCGCUGGGCCUCAUCAUCGUGGUCGGCCUGGUCCAGAUCUGCAACGGGAACUACGAGGCGCUGACCCCCCAGGUGGCCUUCUCCAUGGACAGGACUCCGACGGUGGGCCAGAUCGCCCUGGCCUUCCUGCAGGCCUCCUUCGCCUUCAGCGGCUGGAACUUCCUCAACUACGUCACGGAGGAAGUGGUUGAACCCAGGCGGAAUCUACCUCUUGCCAUCUACAUCUCCAUCCCUCUGGUGACCUUCGUGUACACGCUCACCAACAUCGCCUACUUCUCCUCCAUGUCGCCCGAGGAGCUGCUGUCCUCCAACGCCGUGGCUGUAACCUUUGGAGAGAAGCUGCUGGGGAUGUUCUCCGUCGUCAUGCCGAUCUCCGUGGCUCUGUCCACCUUCGGAGGAAUCAACGGCUACCUGUUCACCUCCUCCAGGCUGUGUUUCUCUGGAGCCCGAGAGGGUCACCUGCCCAGCCUGCUGGCCAUGAUCCACUACAAGAACUGCACCCCCAUCCCUGCCCUGCUGGUCUGCUGCUCGGCCACCAUCGUCAUCCUCUGCAUCGGAGAGACGCACAACCUGAUCAACUACGUCUCCUUCAUCAACUACCUGUCGUACGGCGUCACCAUCGCAGGCCUGCUGUACUACCGCUGGAGGAAACCCAACCUGUACCGACCCAUCAAGGUGAACCUGCUGGUUCCGGUCUGCUACCUGAUGUUCUGGGCCCUGCUGCUGGGUUUCAGUCUUUACUCAGAGCCCGUGGUCUGUGGCGUGGGUCUGGUCAUCAUGCUCACCGGCGUCCCCGUCUACUUCCUGGGCAUCCACUGGAAAGAAAAACCAAAGUGCAUCUACAACUUCAUCGAGAGGGCGACGUACGUGGGCCAGAGGUUGUGUUUCGUGGUCUUUCCCCAGUUUGACCCCAUCGAGAUCGCCAGUCCUUCAUAAUGGACUGACCCCUCAUGGGGCAGGGGGUCUGCCACUUCUUUUAAACUUUCUCUCAGAAUACGUGAAGAUCGUCUUGUUUUUACUCCGUCCAGACACUCCUUCGUGGGUCGGGAGCUUCCCGUCUGACCUUUGACCCUCUGAGACUCUGUUCCCCCCCCCCAAAACAGUCAAGUGGGAACGCCUGUUUGCUGCUUGACCUUUUUAUUUUCCUUCGUGUUAUUUCUACUAAGUCGUCCUAAGGCCGACAGGGUCACGCUGUUGAAGAUGACUUUCGUUCCCGUUUUACACCCUUUUUGUUUCUUGUUUCUGUUACGCGACAGAACGCCGACCGAUGGCGAACGUUGACGCUGGAUUAUCGAGUCUAAAGGUCUUUUCACACCAGGUCCCAAACAAAUCUAUAGUCCUGAAAACAGAAAGGGGAAAAAAGUCUAAAAUUCUGAACUUUAAAUUUAAGGCCUCAAUACGCCUUAAAACGGCCAGAUUUUCAUCCGAGGUUCAUCCAUAUAUGUGUGUGUAUGUGUGUGUGUAUGUAUGUAUGUAUGUAUGUAUGUGUGUGUGUGUGUGUGUGUGUGUGGGUGUUGUUGUUGUGUGUGUGUGGUGGGUGUGUGUGUGUGUGUGUGUGUGUGUGUGUGGUGUGUGUGUGUGUAUGUAUGUCUGUGUGUGUGUUGUGUUUUGUGUA